AUGAAGAACUCAGAGUGUGGAUCAAGCAAGUCAGAGAAGUCUCACACGAUAUUGAAGACCUUCUUGAUGAAUUCCUGCUUCGCUUCUCGAAUCAUGGAAACCCCCAUGGGACAUCAGAGAUAUCGUUACAAACUGAACUUUAUUGAAGAAGGGUCUUCUACUUCCUCUGUCACUGCGAAUAACAAUUGGCACGACCUUCGAGGAGAUGCCCUUUGCCUAGAAGAAGCUAAGCUAGUCGGAAUUGACAAACACAAACCAUAUCUGAUUGAUAAGCUAAUAGGAGGAAGCUCCGAGCUUCAAGUUGUUGCAGUGGCUGGAAUGGGUGGUUUGGGGAAGACAACCUUGGUGAGGCAAGUCUACAAAGAUGACGCGGUGAAGAGGCAUUUCCAACACCAUGCUUGGGUCACUGUUUCCCAAGUGUUCAAGCUUGAGGAUGUUGUCAGAGAUAUUGUUCAACAACUGUUCGAUGAAAUCAAACAGACACUUCCUCAGGAUGCAGAUUCAUCGGAUAGCGGUAAGCUGAAAGCCAUUCUAGCUGAUUUUCUUGCCGGGAAGAGAUAUUUGGUUGUGUUGGAUGAUGUUUGGCAGGUGGGUGCUUGGGAUGCUCUCAAGUAUGCAUUUCCUACUAACAACAAUGGCAGCAGAUUAAUGCUCACCACCCGGAAUUCCAAAGUGGCAUCUUUAUCUACCACUGAGCUGGGAGGUAUGGUUUAUGAUUUAAAGCCUUUAUCUUUAGAAGAAUCUUGGAAUCUUUAUUGUGGGAAAACUUUUCAAGGCAAUGAUUGCCCUCCUUAUUUAGAGAAGAUUUCUAAGAAUAUUUUGAAAAAAUGUGAGGGGUUGCCGCUUGCAAUUGUUGCAAUUAGUGGAAUGUUGAGUACAAAGGACAGGAAUAGAAUGGUUGAAUGGGAAAUGGUUGAGCGCAGUCUAAGGGCCGAAUUAGAAGGAAAUGAUAGCUUGCAAAGUAUGAAAAAGAUACUUUCUUUUAGCUUCAAUGAUUUGCCUUACAAUUUGAAACAUUGUUUCCUGUAUAUUAGCAUAUUCCCUGAGGACUAUUUGAUCGAACCCAAGAAGCUGAUUAGGUUUUGGAUUGGAGAAGGUUUUGUUCAAGAAAAGGAAGGAAGAAUACUAGAAGAAGUUGGAGAAGGCUAUUUUAAUGAACUUGUCAAUAGAAGUUUGAUCCAAGUGGUUGAUAAAUACUAUGAUGGGAGAAUCAUAAACUGUCGAAUCCAUGAUCUUUUACGUGAAAUUAUACUUCUCAAAUCGAAAGAUCAAAAUUUUGUGUCCAUCAUCCGUGAACAAAGUAGGGCUCUGCCUGAAAAGCCUCGUCGACUAUUAAUAAAUAAACCAUUGGAAAAUGUUGGAGGAGAGCAUAACUUAUCUAGCUUGCGCUCUUUGUUCUAUUUUGGAGCAAAACACGAUUCCAUUUCUAAUUUCUCAAUGUCCAUAUUUUUCAAUAGUGGCUUAAGGUUACUUGAGGUGUUGAAUUGCAGGGGUGCACCUUUAAAUAAAUUUCCAAAGGAGAUUCUUAAACUAUACAAUUUAAGGUAUCUAAGCUUGAGAGAUACCAAUGUGAGUUCCAUUCCAAAAUCAUUUGGAAAGCUUCAAAAGCUUUACUCACUAGAUUUUAGAUAUACUUAUGUUACAGAGCUUCCUGUGGAGAUUUUACAGCUUAAGCAACUUCGGCAAUUACUUGUUUACCGGUACGUCCAUGAAUUCACUACAUCUAUUGAGGUCGUUGGUUUCAAGGCCUUAAGAGGUUUAGAAACAUUGUCAUCCUUGCAAAGUCUUUGCUAUAUCGAGGUCAAUCAAGGUGAUUCCAAUUUGAUGAAGUCCCUAGGAGAGCUGACACAAUUAAGGAGAUUAUGCAUUCUAAAGUUGAAAGCAGAAGAUGGAAAUUAUCUAUGCUCGUCCAUUGAGAAACUGAGAUUCGUUCUCUCAUUGUCCUUGGUUUCAAUAUCCCCCGAUGAAGUUCUUGAUUUGCAGAACAUGUCAUCACCUCCUCAAUGCCUUCGACAUCUAGAAUUAUCCGGACGAUUGGAGACGUUUCCCCAUUGGAUAUCUUAUCUUUCAAACCUUAGCCAUGUAGGCUUGCAAUGGAGUCGUUUACAGGUUAAUCCAUUCGAGUCUCUUCAAGCUUUGCCAAAUUUGGUGGUUAUUGAGUUUGUUAAAGCUUAUGAUGGAGAAACAUUGUAUUUCAAAGCUGAAGGUUUCAAAAUGCUCAAGAUGUUAGCACUUGGAAAAUUUGACAGAUUGAAAAGGGUGACAAUUGAAAAAGGGGCAUUGCCUGUUCUUGAAAAACUAUCGUUUACGGACUGUAAGUUGUUGGAGGAAGUGCCAUCAGGGAUUGAAGACCUAAGGAACCUCCAAGAACUUGAAUUGGUUGAUAUGUCCAAUGAGUUUCUUAUGAAGCUGCGUCAAAGAACUGAUUUAAUGCACAUCCCAGACGUUUUUAUUGGUCGUGAAACAGAUUGCGGACUAGAUGGAUAUUUUCUUUAA